UAUGAUAGCUUCUUCCUAUUACCUUUUUUAGUGAGGCUCAAAUAUGAGACAAUUUCUUAUACAGUUUCUAUAGUUGAGAUGUGCACGCGAGAUGUGAAAAAUAGUAAGCGGAAAUGUUUGUUUGGUAGGUCCUGUGCUUUAUACUCUACUGUCUCCCUUUAAUUUCCGGUAAUCGUACUUCACUAUUUAUUUUGCUUCUGUCAAUGUUGAUUUUUUAUGUUGAAAUCCAUAAAAUUGAUCACGUGUCCGUACAUUGUCUAGGCAACCCCGAGGGGUCCUAAUUUGCAUAAUAUCGCGCCUUUCUAUUACCCAGGCGCCGUGACCUUUUAGCAUUGAACUUGGGACGAGAGUCGUGGUAAAAGAACGAAAAAAAAUGGACGAUACCGGCUCUCUACUUAGAAGCUCUGUGGCUGUGCAUACAAGAGAAAAGGUUUUGAGCAAAAGGAUGAUUUGUAACGAGAAAUCCACAGCGGCAAUAGGCAACAAUAAUCUUUCGAAGUUAUCAGCGGUGCUUCAAAGUCCUUUAGAACUUGUCUUCGACUGUGAUAUUCCUGAAGGUUUCCGCACGCCUUUUAUCAAGACAGGCUACAGAAAACCCGGUCUAACAAUGUGGGGGUGUUUUAAAAGCCUCAUAGAACCCACCAACGAGACUGUGAAUGUUUGGACCCAUGUCUUAGCUCUCGUCCUGUUUCUUCUUCGAUUUAGCAAUGUGUUUUCUAAUUCGGACUUUGACCCAUGGUGCUACGGUCUGGUGUGUUUUGCGAUUGGUAUCGCUAGUCUUAUGGCUAUGAGUUCUUCGGCUCAUCUCAUUAAUUGCAUGUCCUUAUCGGCCCAUCACAUUGGCUUCUACCUCGACUACGCCGCUAUUUGCGUCUAUAGUUUUAGUGGUUCUCAGGCUUUCUUCUUCUACUCAAGACCGAGCCAGACAGAUUUCGUGUUGCUCUCUUCGCCAACCGUGUUUUUGACCGUAUCUGCAAUCAUGUCUUGUCUCUGUACGGCUGUCUGCUGUGCGUCGCGACAUCGCUGGCUGCGCUCGAAGUAUGUCAUUCGUACAUCAAUGUUUAUGCUGUAUUUCAUUAUUGUAACGUCCCCUUUCACUUACCGCCUGGCCUAUUCCACGGCUGAAUCUGAGACCUCGAGAGCUGUGCACUACUUCAACCGGCACAUAAUAAACUACAUUCUUAGUGCAUUUGUGAAUGUCACCAAGCUGCCAGAGCGCUAUUUUCCCCGCUUGUUUGACUUCCUGGGACAAAGUCACCAUUUCCUGCACAUUCUGGCAGCCUUGGGAGCCGCAGAUGCAUUUACAGCCACAAAUCUGGACAUGAAGACCAGGCAAGACUUAUUAGCGGGGCUGCCAGGCCCAAAUCUAUGGAAUACGUUUGGAGUGUUCUUCACUGUUGCCUUCACCAAUUUAUUUAUUGUCUAUUUGUUUUCAAAAGCAUUGUUAAAGCAAGAGAAAGAGAAAUCUAAUUGAAAAGCAUCCUAGGGAUAGCCAGGGCAAAGAGCAUGAGUUGAGAACACCACAGAAGAGAGGGGAGGGGAGGUCAAGGCAAAUUUUUGGCAGCUACCAUUUAUCAAGUGUAUAAAAAGCCACCAUGUAGGAGAUCCAUUUUGAAUUGGUUGAAACCCCCUCAUCCCUUAAUUUUUUUUAUUGAUCAGUCUCCGCAUUUUUCUUGUGACUGUUUUUGUUUGCACUUUCAUUUCUGCGCAAGGCUGUCUUUUGAAGUUGUACAAAGUUGUAUGCCUUGACUCCCUAAAUAUGUUUCAAAGCAAAAGAGGUGUCAAACUUAUUAUUUGAUUUUGAAAGAGGUGUAUAUUGUAUCUCACCCUGGGUACCAGAGUCUCAAGCUUUGUUCGUUUACUAUGCGCCCUCGCCACUUCGCGGUUCAUGUUGUUGGAUUGAAGCUUGAGCCUCUGGUACCCAGGGUAAUUGUAUCUUUCCUUCAAGAAUAAUAAUGUGGUAUUGAAAGUGAGUGAUCCAGGGGGCAACCUGGAUCACUAACGUAUUAGGAACUUUAGAUUUGUGGUUCCUUUGAGGUGUUGCCCCUUUAUCAAGUAAUUCUUGAUUUGCUGAGAUGGGUGUAAUAAUGUUAGAUAAAUUGUGCUACAUAAGGAAAUUAUUAUUUAAAUAAUUUUAAAAGAAAAUAGACAAAAUAACGAUUUUCUAUAGAAUGAUUUUUCAAAAGAGAUAAAAAUUGCUAAAAAGCAGAGGAUCUGGUGCUUCACGUGGGAGAGCAGGAGAAGAUGUCGUAGAGCAAGAAUUUCACAAAGAACCUGCAAAACUGCUCCCUACCUCCCCCAGUAAAUACAAGUUACAAGGAAUGACUGGGGCUGCCUUCCGCCCAACAGAAACAUUUCUAGCUACAACUCUUGCCCAACCCUAUUUUUAAGGCUACUCUGUGGCUCAUGCUCUUUAGUGUUGGAUUGAGAGUGGGUAAAAAAGACUUAGUUAUGACUGAAGCUAAACAAGCAGCACCUAAUGUUAGUGCUUUCCUUUGGUUUCCAAUCCUGAUUUAGACUUGUUUUAAAUUUCUUGGCAUUGAAUAGCCUUGUUUAAUGGAAGUAAAUAUUAAACAAUCAA